GUCCUUUACCCAAAAGACCGGCAAAUUUGCGUUAUUCUAGUUUCUGCUUAUUGUGAAAUAAGUAGUUUAUUCAAAGUUCUUUUUUGGCGUAUACAAUAUGUCGACUAUAGAAAAGCUGUCUAUUCAAGGCAUACGCAGUUUUGGAUCCAACGCUGAAGACGCUCAGAGUAUCACAUUCACAUCACCAAUAACAUUGAUUCUUGGCCAAAAUGGUUGUGGCAAGACAACGAUUAUCGAAUGCCUGAAAUAUGCACUCACGGGCGAAUGUCCGCCAGGUAGCGAUAGCGGUAAGAAUUUUGUGCAUGAUCCUAAGAUAUCGGGACGAAACGAAUCUCUGGCCCAAAUCAAAAUGGAUGUAAGGGAUAAGAAUAAUGCGCGCCUUUCGGUUUGUCGCAGCAUGAAAGUUUCGCUGUCUCGUGACAAGAAAAGGCAAUUCAAGACCAUGGACUCCACUAUCACCCACCAUGGCAACAGCAAUAGCAGUGACAAGAAAUUGGAAUCAAUGAGCUAUCGAAAUGCAGACGCGGAUCAGGCGGUUGGAGAUUUCAUGGGUGUCUCCAAUGCGAUUAUAAAUAGUGUCCUCUUUUGCCAUCAAGAAGACUCCAGCUGGCCCCUGGACGAGGGCAAGAAACUAAAGGAUAAAUUCGAUGCCAUAUUUGGCAUUGUUAAUUACAAUAAAGCUCUUGAUCACAUUAUCAGCAUGCACAAGACGGCGAGCGACGAUCUUAAAAUAAUGGCUUCCAACAUGAAACUAUUGGCUCAUUUGAAAAAGGAGAUGGAUGACAAGACGCUAAACUUGCAAAAAUACGAGAAACAAUGUGAAGACAUUAAAAUGCAAUGCGAAAAGUGCGAUGAGGAAGUAAAGCCCAUUGAUUUGCGACUGGAGGAGAUUCGAAAUAUUGAAUACGAGAUCAGCAAAUACAAUGCGCGAAAGGUUGAAAUGGAUACCACCCACAAGAACUGUGUGGAGCAAAUUGGAAAACUUUCGAAGAAUAUCAAGAAGCAUUUUGAAGGAUCGCUGGUCGAACUUGACUUGGAAAUACAGAGUUUCAAUCGACGCAUGUCAGAAGUAAAAUUUCAACGCACUGAGGUUGAACAGCAACUCACAAAAAUCAAAGGUUCCCAUGUGGAUUUGCAAAAAACCUUGGCCACUUACGACAAAGAGCUUUACAUGACAAAACAAAAGCGCAAGAACGAGCAGGAAUGCAAAAUUCAGCUAACAAAGAAUAUCAACAGUUUUUGCACAAAAUUGCAAGUCAACAUAGAUGAAAAGACUAGAGAAAAUCCUGAGAACUUGGAGGAAAUGAUCGAUGUGACGUUGAGCAGCAAGCAAUCUGAGAUUACUGAGCUGAGCACACGCAACGAACAGGCGGAUCAAUUGCGGCAGGCAAAGGUUGAUGAGCUCCGCAUUGAAAUAACCAGAUCGGAGCAAAGCCUCAAAUCGCAGGAAAAGCAAAAGAAAGCAAGCGAGCAGGAGAGCGAGGAAUUAGAAGUCAAAAUUAAGCAAAUUGAGGUUUCUGUGCAUCAGUUGAAAGCACUCGAUAAGCAAAUAUCCGAUACAGAUGAGAAAUAUGAGAACGCCAAUCGCAGCUUUAAUCAUGACGAAUGUCGCCAGACUAUAGCCGCAAAAAAGGCAAGUGUUGCUGAUAAGCAGACACGCUUUAAGAGUUUGGAUAAGCAGCUAACAUUCUUGAACUCCAUAGCUAAGCUAAUGGCUGAGAUUACGCUCAAAGAGAAAGAGCUAGAGAAGAAAAAUCAGGAAGUGAAUCGUGUAAAGAGUAAGCACAGUGAUAAUUUGGCUAUAUUAUUCAAGGAGCCAAUCACAAACAACUAUCGCCGUUCACUGCAAAAUGUCUACGAUAAACUACGUCGUGAAAUCAGUGACUUGAACGACAAAGCCAAUGCGCAAAAGUUAAAAGAGCAAUCGUAUGAAAUAAAACGAAAGAAUCUAAUUGGUGACAUUGAGCGCAUGGAAAAGGAAAUACAACAGUUAGACGAGCGCAUAUAUCAAAAGUGUCUUUCCACUUCAUACGAUGAGCUGAUGCUUCGCAGCAAGACAACAAUUGCCAAACUGCAACUUGAACAUGGUGCCCUCAAGUCUUCGGAAGCUAUGUACAAGAAGUAUAUUCAAAAAAUAGAAGAACAAACCAAUUGUCCAUUAUGCCAUCGUAAUAUGUCUGGCGAUGAGGCCUGCGAUUUAACCUCAGAGUUAACAGACGAAAUACAAAAGCUGCCUGAUAACAUCACUCGAUCCGAAAAGUUGCUGAAGGCGGAGCAGUCGAAAUAUGAAGACUUGUUGCAAAUCAAGCCAGCUAUCGAUAAGGUUAAAGAACUCAAGGAAACUCUUCCGCUGAAAAAGAAAGAAUUGGAGAAUAUCAAGCAGUUGCUAGGUGACUCUGUCGCCGAGUAUGAGACUCAAAUGAGUCUUCUUGCCGAACCUACAUGUAACAUGGAGCUGGCUAAUUCCAUGAUGGGUGACAUGACGCUGCUUGACGAAGCGCUUAAGGAAUCGCUGCGCUUCACCAAAGAUCUAGAUCAGCUCAAACUUAAACUACCAGAGAAUUAUGAUGCCAGUGUAUCACUUGACACACUGCAAACUCAAAAAAACGAAGUGUCCAAGGAGCUAGAAACCGAAUCCAAGGAACUGGAGAUGUAUCAACAUGCAUUUGAGCAGCAAACCGAGGCGUUGAAUCGUCUGCGACAAUUUAGAAACGGCUUAAAAGAGAAGCGAAUUAAGCUGCAGGAGGGACAGCAGAGUCUGCCGCAAUUUAAGGAACGACUCGAGGAACUAACACGAAUGCUGAUUACAAUAGCAACUGAAAUGUCAGAACUCGAGUUAAAUUUGCAGCCAUUAAAGAAGAAUUUGAACGCCGCAAUUGAGGAAAAGGCACGACUUAAGAAAAGUGAACAAUCGAAGUUGUCGGAGUUGAACAGCAAAUACAACAACUACAAGAUGAUUGUGCAGGAUAUUCAAAGAUUGAAUAAGCAAGCACAAGAGUUUGCCAACAUGAAACUAACUGAGAAAAUGGAGAAACUUGAUUCAACCAUAAUUAUUACCAAAGAUGAGCUCAAUCAAUUGGAUGUUGAAAUUACUGCUUGUAGCAAAAAACUCGAAACAAUUAAAACUGAGUGCCUUAGUCAACUGAGUCUUGAGCGUGAUCUGAAAGACAAUCGUGAGCUAAAGCAGCUGCAAAAGAAGGAAACGGAAUUGGCUGAAAACUGUUCUGUCUUGGCCAAGCAAUUGGGCAACAUGGACUUUCCCAAUAUCAAGAAAGAAAAGACCGAAUUGAUUAAGAAGAAGGAUAUAUCGUCAGAGCGUCGUGGUGAAUUGUUUGGCCAGUUGGGCGAAAUAAAGAACCAUCUAAACAAGUUGCAAGUGGAAGUCAAUAAGCCCGAGUACAAGGAGUCUCUUAAAAACUAUCGACGUGCUCAGUACGAGAUUGCUGUCAAGCGUUGUGGCAUUGAUGAUCUUCGUGAGCAUCGGGCUGCUUUGGAAUGGGCAUUGAUCCAGUUUCACGCUGAGAAAAUGAACAACAUUAAUAGCUUGAUUCGUCAGUAUUGGCGCAUGAUAUACAAAGGUAAUGACAUUGAUUACAUUCAAAUCAAAGCCGAAGAGCCCGAGGGGAAAACUGCAGCCGCAAAUCGCCGCAGGACCUACAACUAUAAGGUUGUGCAGUCGAAAAACAAUUCGGAAAUUGAGAUGCGAGGUCGCUGCAGUGCGGGUCAACGUGUUCUGGCCUCGCUCAUCAUUCGAAUGGCUCUGGCGGAGACUUUUAGCAGCAACUGUGGCGUUUUAGCUCUCGACGAACCAACCACAAACUUGGACAGGGACAAUAUUAUGUCGCUUUGUGAGGCUCUCAAUAGCAUUGUGGAGGAACGACAAAUCCAAUCGAAUUUCAUGUUGAUUAUAAUCACUCACGAUGAAGAAUUUAUUUCAUCUUUGGGUAAGAUUAAUAGAUAUCAUCGAGUACAACGAAACUCGCAAUGCAAAUCCGUCAUACAAAUGGUGCGUGUUGAUGGAAAAUAAUAACUUACUAUCGUUUAUAUUCCGUGGAACAAUCACGUUUCAAAAUGAAUUUUACAAUGAUAUUGAAUACUUCCGAUGCCAUUUAUUAUUUUCUUAACUUAAUAUCAUUACUAGUAUCAAAAGUGUGAAUUUAAAGCUGCAGUUAACUUUUAUUUAAACAUCAGUUUCAAAGUUUUAAAUUGCUUGCUAUUUUGAAUAUUCCCUUUUAUCAGAUUUAGGAAGCAGCAAGUUAUCUUUUAAAUAUUACCAGUUGAUUUUACCAUUUCUUUCAGAAGGUAACUCUCUUUUAUAAUAUUGAAUAUUACUAGAUUUAAGUUUCAUUAUAUGUAUUCCAUUUGAGGC